GGGGAGCGCGGGAGCGCGGGAGGCUCCGGGUGGGAGGCCCCAUGGCGCCGCCUCAGCGCUGCCGCGUCCUCAGGUGCUGCAGCUGCGGCCUCUUCCAAGCGCACCAGCUGAAAAAGAGUCCCAAAUGGACGUGCAAAGCCUGCGGCAAGAAGCAGUCAUUUCUGCGGAGCUACGGUGAGGGCUCCGGUGCUGACUGCAGGCGCCAUGUCCAAAAGUUAAAUCUGCUGCAAGGACAGAUCUCAGAGCUGCCGCUCAGGUCUCUGGAAGGUUCUGGAAGUGUCAGUGAAGAAGAAAUUGAAGAUCACCAUCAGGCAGAGAAUGUGCAUCCUCAGCCCUCUGAGAGCCGCUGGCUGAAGUUUCUGCACAAGGACUCCCCGGAACUGGAGCUGGGAGGAGGAGUGUGUUUCCGUGGACAGUCCUCAUCGGACAUGGAGGAGUCAGACCCUGCCUUCAGUCAGGAGCUGCCCAGAAAAAGGAAAUGGAGCCCGAGCCCAGCCCAGCUGUCGCACAACUGUGACAUCCCAGACUUGGCCACUCCCAGGGGCACCUGGCCACCCCAGCAGGACUCUCCUGGCCUAAACGUGAAGGUGAAGGCAGGCGGCAGUCACCGCCUCUGGAACCAUGAGGACCCACGACCCCUGGGGCUCCGUGUUGCUCAUGGGGAACUGCCGCGUCCAGCCUGUCAGGCUGAGGCCACAUCUUCUAAAUGGGCGAGAUUUCUCCCAUCUCCCGUGAACAGCUCGCAGGUGGACACAGAGCAGAGGGGACUCAGACCAGCAGGUCCAGCACAGGCUGAGCAAGGGACCCCAUGGGCCCCAACCCCAAGGGAGAGCUGGGAAGCAGCCACUGUCCAGCUUCCUCAAGUCACACAGCCUCCCAGGCCUGGUUCUGAGGGACCCUGCAGCAGGAUCCCUGAGCAGCGGAGGGGCACGGAGCCUCCCCAGGUGCCAGGGACACAGAAGCCUGCAGCCCUGCGGCUCUCUGACCUCUUUACAACAGGAGAGGACUUCAGCGAUGACCUGUGAGCAGAGGCCAGGA